AGGACAGCCCAGGAAGUGAGUGUGAGGUUUUGGAAAUCACAGGAUCUGCUGCUACUAAAUUCAGUACCAGAAUGUUUUCUCAGACCUUUCUCCAUUUUGUCAGCAACCUUUCUACCAUUGCAGUGGGGUUCCUUUCUGUGGUAGUACACUGGAUCCCAGUUUUGAAGAAAUACAUGGAAGGUACUCAUCAGAAGAAGGCAGUCUUCCAUAAGCGUGAAAGGCUCCCGUGUAUUGCACCACUACUAACCACGGUGGAGGAGAUGCCACAGAUGGUUUCUGCCCAAGUCCGAGGACAGUUUCCUGAGUGGCUCAGUGGCUAUCUACUUCGAAUUGGGCCUGGGAAAUUCGAGUUUGGGAAGGAUGAGUACAGUCACUGGUUUGAUGGAAUGGCUUUGCUUCACCAGUUCAGGAUGGAGAAGGGCACAGUGACCUAUAGAAGCAAGUUCCUACAGAGUGAUACCUAUAAGGCCAAUAGUGCCCAUGAUCGAAUUGUGAUCUCAGAAUUUGGCACACUGGCUCUCCCUGAUCCAUGCAAGAAUGUUUUUGAACGUUUCAUGUCAAAAUUUGAGCUGCCUGCAAUAACUGACAAUACCAACGUCAACUACGUGCAGUACAAAGGUGACUACUAUGUUAGUACUGAGACCAACUUUAUGAAUAAAGUGGACAUUAAAACUCUGGAAAAAACAGAAAAGGUAGACUGGAGCAAAUUUAUUGCUGUGAAUGGAGCAACUGCACAUCCUCAUUAUGACCCAGAUGGAACAGCAUACAACAUGGGGAACUCCUAUGGGCCACAUGGUUCUUGCUAUAAUGUUAUUCAGAUUCCUCCAGAGAAGGUGGAUCUUGGGGAGACAGUCCACGGAGCCCAGGUGAUAUGUUCUAUUGCCUCUGCAGAGAGGAUGAAACCUUCUUACUAUCAUAGCUUUGGAAUGACAAGGAACUAUAUAAUCUUCAUUGAACAGCCUCUAAAGAUGAAUUUGUGGAAAAUUGUCACUUCUAGAAUUCGGGGAAAGGCCUUUUCAGAUGGAAUAAGCUGGGAACCCCAGUAUAAUACGCGAUUUCAUGUAGUGGAUAAGCACACUGGACAGCUUCUUCCAGGAAUGUACUACACUAAACCUUUUGUUACUUUUCAUCAAAUCAAUGCCUUUGAGGACCAGGGCUGUGUUGUAAUUGAUUUGUGCUGUCAAGAUGAUGGAAGAAGCCUGGAAGUUUACCAGCUACAGAAUCUCAGGAAAGCUGGAGAAGGGCUUGAUCAGGUCUAUAAUUCAGUGGGAAGAUCUUUCCCUCGAAGGUUUGUUUUGCCCUUACAUGUCAGUUUGAAUGACCCCGAGGGAGAGAACCUCAGCCCAUUGUCCUAUUCUUCAGCUAGUGCUGUGAAACACGCUGAUGGAAAGAUUUGGUGUGCUUAUGAAAAUCUACAUCCUGAGGAUCUUGAGGAGGAAGGAGGUGUUGAAUUUCCCCAGAUCAACUAUGGCCAAUUCAGUGGCAAAAAGUAUCGCUUCUUCUACGGCUGUGGCUUUCGGCAUUUGGUGGGGGAUUCUCUGAUCAAGGUUGAUGUGGUGAACAAGACACUGACGAUUUGGAGAGAAGAUGGCUUUUACCCCUCGGAACCUGUGUUUGUCCCAGCACCAGGAACCAGAGAAGAAGAUGGUGGGGUUAUUCUCUCAGUGGUGAUCACCCCGGACCAGAAUGAAAACAAUUUUCUCCUAGUCUUGGAUGCCAAGAACUUUGAAGAACUGGGCCUGGCAGAAGUGCCCGUGCGAAUGCCUUAUGGGUUCCAUGGCACCUUUGUAGCCACCUGAUAGGACACCUGGAAAUGCCUGGAAACUAGCUCUGAGAUGAACAUAUUCUGUACAAAAGAGAGAACAAAAAGAAUACCUUCCCUUCCAAACCACAGACAUCUGGUUUUAAAAUUUCUAUUAAAAACAGUUCUUGAGAUAGUCAUGGUUUUAUAAUUUCUUAGGGCUCAUCCUUAAAAACAUGAAGCAAGUGUUGAUACAUCCUUUUGAAGAGAGCUUUAAAUUUAUAUUUACUAGCUAGAUCUUCCUCUAGGUCAUAAGAAUACACGAAAGAAAAAAUAGAGCUGUGUUAUUACCACCACCAGGUCGGGAGGUGACAGAGGUCCUCACACUUGGGAAAAAAAAUACAAAUAAUUAUAGAUAGUAAGAUAUGAAUAUAGCUCUAAAAAGCACUUUGUUUCUUCCAUCACAGCCUGCCUAUUAGCACAGCUUCAAAGGGGCCCAGGGAGGACAGGAAGCCAGUUAUGUCAUGCUUAGAAGCUUUCUUCCACACUGUUUCUCCGCUGUCCACAGAGGGCACAGCAGUUGAACCGCCAGCUGCCACCUUCUACCCCAGCUCAGCCUUGGGAGGGUUGUUUUGAGGGAUGUCACUAAAAUUUCUUCUCAUCUCCAGGUAUAUGGUUCUCCAGAAAUUGAAGAGGAGUUGGUAGUUCUUCAUUCAAUUGGGCAACAGGUGGCACUAGAGGCCAUAUAAUCUCUACAUUCCUAAACCCCCCCCCACCAGUUUUUAACAACCGCCCAAAUCUGCCAUAUGUCUGUCAUGUAAGCCACACUUUUGCCAAUACCUUCAAGAUCCCUUGUUCCUUUUUCCUUCAGUUAUACUUCCUCCAUCCACUUCAGUCCAGUUUCAGGCCCGUUACACUGUCCUCCCUCCCUCUGCAUGUUGCAUGUUGCUGGGGAAGCCUCCUAGAGUUGUAGUUCUAGGCAACUGUGAAUUCGCAGUUAGAUACAUGCACAACCCUGGACCAGCAUCGCCAGUUUGUUCCCAGUUAUCCUCAGGAGUUGUUGCAGACAUCAUAAACCCUGUUCUUUUCAGUGAAGUGUUCCCACAGGUACACAAAUGCUGUGUGUAAGAGUUUAUAUUGUGGCAAUAAAGUGAAAGUUCUAA